AGGUGAAAGGUGAUAAAGAAAAGUUGAAAAUUCAUACAAGCAAGCACCAAGAACCUGAUUCAAAGAAGCUCAGAAAGAAAGAAAAAGGAGGGACACAAGAGCAAAAGCUAAAGAAAUGCAUAUACACUAGUGUGUUGUGUGUGUAUUAGAUCAUAUUUAAAAAGAUUUCAAAAGAAAACAGAGGAAUCAAUCAAGAUGUUGUUUGUAAACAGCCUUUGUUUUUAGGUCUGCAAAACUGGGUCUUCUUUAAUUACAAGGUAUGUUCUCUGCGAGUUCUUCUGUUCAUGUAAGCGCAGAUUCAUUUGGUCCUACAGGCAGUUGAUUGUGCGAUUCAUUUCCUCAUCUGGGUGGAGACAGUAAUGCUAGGAACAUGGGAAAGAAAGGGAGUUGGUUUUCAGCAAUCAAGAGGGUCUUUCUACCGAACUCCAAGGACAAACUAGCUAAUGAACCGGAUAAGAGAAGCACAAAAGAAAAGAAGAAGAAGGGUCGUGGAAAGCUAAGACAUGGAGAGACCACUUCAUUCAUACCCCUGUUUAGAGAACCAAGUAGUAUUGAGAAAAUUUUGGAUGAGGCCGAAAGAGAGCAUAAAUUAAUUUUCAGGCCUCCCACACCUCCUGAGCAACCGACUACACCACCCUUUGUGCCUCCAAGAUCUGCUUCUCCGAGGGUUGCUUCUCAAAGAGUCACCUCUCCAAGAGCUGCUUCCCCUAGAGCUGCAUCUCCAAGGGUUGCUUCCCCUAGAGCAGCUUCUCCUAGGAAUGCUCAACGCCAUAAGGAGAUAUAUUACAGACCAGAACCAACUCUAAGAAACCAUCAUGCUUCAGCAACCAAGAUCCAAUCAGCCUAUAGAGGCUAUGUUGCAAGGAGGAGCUUCAGAGCUUUGAAGGGUCUUGUGAGGCUUCAAGGAGUGAUAAGAGGACAGAAUGUGAAGCGGCAGACGAUGAAUGCAAUGAAAUACAUGCAGCUCUUGGUUCGGGUCCAGUCUCAGAUUCAGUCACGGAGGAUCCAAAUGCUAGAAAACCAAGCACGACGUCAAGCUCAAAACAAAAAUGAUAAAGAAGUGGAUGGUACCUUGGGCAAAUGGGGCCAGUCGCCUGAGGCAGGUAAUAGUGAAGACUGGGACGACAGCAUUCUGACAAAGGAGGAAAUUGACGCAAGGUCGCAGAGAAAGGUGGAGGCAGUCGUCAAGAGAGAGAGGGCCAUGGCUUAUUCGUAUUCCCACCAGCUGUGGAAAGCCUCACCAAAAUCUGCUCAGUCAGCUCUCAUGGAUAUCCGUUCCAAUGGAUUUCCAUGGUGGUGGAACUGGUUAGAACGUCAGCUACCUCCAACGAAUCCUCCUGAAAGCCAAGCCUUGAAGAAUUUUCAACUUACACCGCCAAGGCCACGUUCAGAUAUAAAGCCUAGCCCAAGACCCCCAUCAAGUAGCCAAAAGCAACAACAUCUGGGGUUUGAUAAUAUGGAUACUUCCACACCGAGAUCCUCAAAAUCAACUGCAUUUGUAUCAACAAAACCAGCGCGAACUCCUCUACUCAGAACUCCACAAGCAAACAGCCCUAGCUUGUCUAGAUAUUCAAGAGCAAGAGCCAGUGGAGGGAAUUCUCCUUUCGACUUGCCAUUGAAGGAUGACGAUAGCCUCACGAGCUGCCCACCAUUUUCAGUGCCAAACUACAUGACUCCUACGGUCUCAGCCAAGGCAAAAACAAGAGCUAAUAGUAAUCCCAAAGAGAGGUUUCCAGGGACCCCAAACAGUGAAAAGAGGAGACUCUCGUUCCCGCUCACGCAAGGCAUUGGAUCUUUCAAGUGGAACAAAGGCUCCUUCUUCACCAGCAAGGAUUCAAGCUCUCAAAGGGGUUUAGAUAAGCAUCAGUCAAUUCAAUCCAUAGGAGAUUUGAGUGUGGAUUCAACCGUCUCGAUGCCUGCUACGGUUGGACGAAAGCCAUUUAACCGAUUUGUGUGAUUUUUUUUCCUCAUCUUUUUAACACCUUUUGUUUCCCGCAUCUUUCGUGUUAUUUGAUUGAGUGCAUGGUGAUAUCAAGCUACAAAAUACUGAUGUAAACAUAAUAAAGAUACAAAUAGGAGAUGAUGGUUUGAAUGUAACAGGGUUUGCUUUAAAGAAAAAAAAAAUACAAUGACAUUUUUUGGAUUGCUUUAAA